AUGGCUGUUCGCCGCUGCUGGUGGACAGUCUUGGUGCGAGUCUCGUCGCCGGAGGUCGAGGAUGACCACGAACUGAGGCUCGACAAUAUUUGGAAUUCGCGGGUGCUCGGUCGCAGGGCUACUGCUAGCGGUGGUUCGAGGGCGCACGACGGCGAGUUUCUGGGUCGUUCGCGGUGGCCGGUGACUGAGGGGGAGUCCCCGCCGGAGGUUCAGCAACCGACGCAGCAGCAACAGGCGGACCCGGAGGUCCCAGACCCGGGCCACCCGGCCUCUGUUUCCGCCCGUGCCAGACCGACAUCUGCCAUAUUCAAACAACAUUACACGAAGAUGGUCAAUCCGACAAGAGUGUACGGCCGGCGGGGCCGGUCCGGUUUGGUCCGUUCGGACCGCGAUCGUGCGCGGUUUUUCUGGCGUCCGACCGCCGAUCGCGAUCGGCUGAGAAGAGUUGAGAGAGUGGCGGACUUCUGA